AUGGACAACUCCGGGAAAGAGAAGGAGGCCAUCCAGCUCAUGGCCGACGCGGAAAAGAAAGUCAAAUCUUCGGGCUCUUUCAUGACAGGAGUGUUUGGAGGGGGUCAUCACAAAGUAGAGGAGGCGUGUGAGAUGUACUGCAGAGCGGCUAACAUGUUCAAGAUGGCCAAGAACUGGAACGGGGCUGGAGCUGCGUUUUGCAAAGCCGCUCGUCUUCACAUGCAGCUGCAGAACAAACACGACUGUGCUGUGAGCUUCAUCGACGCAGGAAACGCUUACAAGAAAUCUGAUCCCAACGAGGCAAUCAAGUGUUUAAACGCUGCCAUCGAUAUUUACACAGACAUGGGAAGAUUCACCAUCGCAGCCAAACACCACAUAAAUAUUGCAGAGAUCUACGAGUCUGAAAUGGUCGACAUUGAAAAGGCCAUUGCACACUAUGAGCAGGCAGCUGAUUACUACAAAGGAGAAGAAUCAAACAGCUCUGCCAACAAAUGUCUUCUGAAAGUGGGGGCUUACUGCGCUCAGUUGGAGCAGUACCAGAAAUCCAUUGAAAUCUAUGAACAGGUCGGGGCCAAUGUGAUGGAUAAUCCACUUCUGAAAUACAGCGCUAAAGAGUACUUCUUUAAAGCUUCUCUCUGCCAUUUUAUUGUGGACGAGCUCAAUGCUAAGAUCGCCAUUGAGAAGUACGAGGAGAUGUUCCCGGCCUUCUCCGACUCCAGAGAGUGCAAGCUGUUGAAGAAACUCCUGGAGGCACACGAGGAGCAGAACAGCGAGGCCUUUACAGAGGCUGUGAAGGAGUUUGACUCCAUCUCUCGUUUGGACCAGUGGCACACAACUCUCCUGCUGCGUAUCAAGAAGACCAUCCAGGGAGAUGAGGGCGACCUUAAAUGA